UGCUAUCUUAGUAUUAGGUGAUACUGACUGACCAAUGAGAAAAAGGAUGUGGUCAUCAUCUCGGUUAAGAUAACCUAUUAACAAAGUGUACUGAGGAAUUUUCAAUAGAUUAACCUUUUAGACAAAACGACCAAUCAGACGUCGUUCAAAAAUUUUUUUUAAACUACGAGAUUCUACAAUAUGCACCGAAAAACUUUUGUCUAACAAGGCAAGUCUAUAUUCUUUCUCAAACACAGUUUUCUGGUGAGAUUGUUUUCAUCGGGUCGGGUGCGGGUCGGCACUCUGGCAGUCGGGUCGAGUUCGGGUUAGGUGUUCUUAACCCGUGCAGGUCUCUACUCUAAACUACCUGAAUGUCUAAGACGCUAAAAGUCGGAUUAUGUAAACGUCUAGGGUGACUUAAGAUGUACAGAUCAUGAUCAUGAGUUGGGAUUACCACCAUAACAUCUACAAUAUCCAAAAUUUGCAUUAUCACACCGUUCUCUGAAGAUGUGGAGGAGAUGGAAGUUUCAAACAGAAAUGAUGAUGGUAAAUUAUCUGAACAAUCAGCAAUUCUGCGAUUGUACAAUGAAGUUGAUGAAGAUAAUGAUAUCUUAAAUCUUCGGCAACAACAAGCAAAUAAAAAUCGUGAAACUGUAAGACAAAAACAAUAA